CGUAUCCUCAGUCGAUGUUGUGCAAAAGUAGGGUUUUUUAAGCGUCAGAAUCUCCACGAACUUCCUUCUCCUGCUCGGCGGCCCCUCAAAAUUAGGGUUUGGAGGUGAAGAAAUAAUGGGGCACUCCAACGUUUGGAACUCUCAUCCUAAGAAAUAUGGACCUGGUUCUCGUACCUGCCGUGUGUGCGGGAACUCCCAUGGAUUGAUUAGGAAGUACGGGCUCAUGUGUUGUAGGCAGUGCUUCCAUAGUAAUGCCAAGGCUAUUGGCUUUGUCAAGUAUCGUUAAGGAAGAAAUUGGCACUCCAACAGGACACGAAAGAGAGAUGCGUGUUGGUCAAUUUUUGCGUCUUGUCUUAUUUGGGUGCGUUUUUGGUACUCUUCAUUGAACUUUGGAUAUGAGAAUAUCAGUGGUUUAAUUUUGAGAUUUCAAAACCUGUUUAACUCAAUCCAUUAAGGAGUAAGUUCCUGGUUUCUUUUGGACUUCAAAUGUAAUAUGGGUGCUACCACAUGUUGCUAAUAUUUUGUUCCUAGCUAAUCAAACAUAUAUCAUAAGCAAUCCUAUUGUGUGAUAUAAAACAACGGGCUUUGAGCGAA